AUGGCAGUUCAGUCAUUUUCUAUCAUAAAUCUGACACUAUAUUCGGAUUUGAACACCCCAACCCGUCGAAUCCGCCGUGCAGGCGAGAAGAACAGACUCUGCCGUUCUAUCGUCGAAAGAACUAAUAUCCCAUCAAAACUGUCGAGAUAUUAUGCGGAUAAGAGAGCAUAUGAUGCUAUCUUCGAUACCCAUGUCCAAGAAGCAGAUGCAUAUAGGCUUUCGCAGACGAGGGCAUCCGAGGUUGCACCUUAUACGUCUCGCCGGCGAUAUACUGGGGAGUCGACGGUCCAACGGGCCGACAUUAGUGUAUUGCAUAUGGACCCCGAGGUCACAGACUACGGACGCAGCAGGAUAGAUUCACCCCCCACCCCCAACGACAUGCUAGAGCAUAAUUCGCCUACUCUGCUUCGUGAUGGUCUCGAGGAUGAAGAGGAGUCUCGGGAUCCUAUGGACCCUGCGAUUUACAUGGCGUGA